AUGUAUAUUGUCCCUUGGCAACUUGUAGCUGAAAGGACUGGUGCUGUUCUGAAGUUUGUGAGUUUAGAUGAACAUGAUGUCCCAAACUUGAAAGAUUUCAAGGAGAUGUUAACAACAAAAACAAAGCUUGUGGUUACCCAUCAUGUCUCAAAUGUACUAGCAUCUGUUCUUCCAAUUGAAGACAUAGUUAGCUGGGCACAUCAUUUUGGGGCUAAAGUGCUAGUAGAUGCAUGCCAGAGUGUUCCACAUAUGGUUGUCGACGUCCAGGCGCUUGAUGCUGAUUUUCUUGUUGCUUCUUCUCACAAGAUGUGUGGGCCUACAGGCAUCGGAUUUUUAUAUGGAAAGAUUGAUCUGCUGUCUGCAAUGCCUCCAUUCUUAGGUGGUGGAGAGAUGAUCUCAGAUGUCUUUCUUGACCAUUCCACAUUUGCAGAACCUCCUUCCAGAUUCGAGGCUGGGACGCCAGCGAUUGGAGAAGCAAUUGGAUUGGGAGCUGCUAUUGAUUAUUUGUCUGGAAUCGGCAUGCAAAAGAUUCAUACUUAUGAAGAAGAAUUGGCGAAUUAUCUAUAUGAGAACCUUCGUGCAGUCCCUAACAUUCGCAUAUAUGGCCCAGUCCCUAAUGCUCAACGUGCUGCUCUGUGCUCGUUCAAUAUUGACAACAUGCAUCCAACGGACAUUGCAACUUUUCUUGAUCAACAGCAUGGUAUAGCCAUCAGAUCAGGACAUCACUGUGCACAGCCCCUCCAUCGGGUUCUCGGUGUCAGCUCGAGCGCACGAGCUAGCCUUUACUUCUACAACACAAAAGAGGAUGUGGACUACUUUAUCCAGGCUCUAAAUGACACUGUAAGUUUCUUCGACUCCUUCAAGUAGGGAUCUGGUAAUACCAAAACUUGUCGAUUUGGCGGGUCCACUGCAUGGAUUAUGCUCUGUUUCUUGCUUUGAUGAAGAUUGUCUUUCUUCUUGCUAUCUUGAGCUGAGCCUGUGACAUUUACUACCAGAUGUUUUCCCAUAUAAUGUUCUUGUAAAGACCACAGAUUUCUCCUAGUUUUAGACUUUAGUUUAUCUAUAAAUUAUUUAAUUAAGCUAUGCUUUCAUGGACUCAUUUUUCUCAAGAUUAUGGGAUACUGUCAAUGUAUUAUAUAUAGCAACACUCAAAUCACAAGUCUCAGAUUCCUUGGGCU